AUGGAAGCACUAUGGCAGCUCGAAGCCCCGACCGAUGACGUGGACAGUCUUCUACACUUCAGCGACACCUUGGAAAGUCAUAUUAGGGGGUUGCAGUCACUCGGAAGGGACGAAUCUACUUACGGCGAACUUUUGGUUCCUAUUAUAUUACGAAAACUACCUAAGAAUAUUUGUGUUCAACUUGCAAGAUCGCACGGCAACUCAGCAUGGAAUAUUACUGAUCUACGCGCUGAUAUUACGGGUGAAAUCAACGCACUGAAAGCAGGUAUGAACGAUGUAAACAUUGGGGGUCAAAUGUCACGACCUAUUUCUGCCUUCCACACGCCUUCUUCCGGUUCUCGCUCACAACAACCGAGACUUUGUAUAUUUUGCAAGGGUACCCACCACCCCAAUGAAUGUAAUGUUGUCACCGAUGCUAAGAAACGUCUAGAGAUUGUCAAACGUGAUAGACUAUGCUAUAAUUGUUUGUCAAAACACCUCGUCAGUGACUGUACAUCUCGAUUUACUUGUAAACAUUGUAAUAAGAAAUAUCACUCAUCACUUCACUUUCCGGAACGUACACGUCAACAAUCAACAACCCCUAAUGUGUGUGCUGAUUUUGGCCAGGCUAAUGUAUCUACCUCAACUCAAAACGCAAAUGACACACGCGUUCAUCUUGCUACUCCUCGACUCCGCAAAUCUACAGGACCAGUUUUAUUAAGAACUGCAGUCAUACCUAUAUCCACCGAAUCUAAUGGGAACUUAGUACAUGCCAAUGUACUCUUUGAUGAAGGAGCCACCCGCACAUUUGCUACUCAGAAAUUCGCCGAAAAAAUAUCCCUGAGAUCUACAAAUAAAGAGAGUGUUAAUCUUGCCACGCUGGGUCACCAAGACAAAUACCCACGCUCACUUAACACAGGUACUGUAAAUUUGCAUACAUUGACUGGUGACAAAACUGCAAUUAAUGUACUUCUUAUACCAGAGAUUUCUGACAAUCUCACACAUCAUGUGAACUCAGACUUGUUGACUUUGCCUUACUUACGUGACCUCACUUUGGCUCACCCUGUGUCAAAUGGUCUGGCCUUCGAUAUUGAUAUAUUAAUUGGUGCAGACUAUUAUUGGGAUCUGAUUGGUGAUCAAAUAAUUAGAGGCUCUGGACCGACAGCAGUGUCUAGUGUGUUUGGUUACUUGUUAUCUGGGCCAAAAAACAAUGGCCAGACAACUACUGAUGCACACGUGUUACAUACUAUUACUGAUACCCGUACUGAGGAAAAAGCCAUUGCCUCAUACCGGGCCCUAGAGACUAUUGGUGGAAAAACUGACAAAUACGACGAAUGUAAACAAAUACUACAUGUAAAUAUAAAUACACAUGACGACACUGACAUUACAUCUACGAUACAUGACAUAGAAAUCCUUGACGAUGGCAUCACAGAUCAAAAUAAACAAAGACAGGUAGCCCCAACCUUUGACCCUAUGACUCAGUCUGUUGGUCACAAAAAUCACUAG